GCGCCACUGCCGCAGCUGCCUGCUCCCGGAUUCCUCCUGCUGAGGCUCGUCCCAAGCAGCCCCCCGCCACCCAUGCCCCUGCUGGUUUCCUCUAAUGCAAUGACUCAGCAGCCCCAGGAUGAAUUUGACACAAGUGUGGAGAAUGCAGAAGCCUGGAUGAAAGCCAUCCAGGAGAGACUGCGGAUCAAUGACAACACCAUGGGACCUCGGUCUGCCCUGGAAGCCAGGCUAAGAGAGACUGAGAAAAUUUGUGCAUUGGAGCCAGAAGGUCGAUUGAAAAUGGAUUUGGUCCUGAUGAAAGCAGAUGCCCUUCUUCGCUGCAUCAGUGAGGAGGAAAAGCAUGAGAUACUAUCCAAACUGAAAUACAUUAAAGCCAUGUGGGAAGAAACAGCCAUCUACAUUACUCAUUGCCACAGCCGUAUCGAAUGGGUGUGGCUACACUGGAGUGAAUACUUGAAAGCCCAGGAUGAGUUUUAUGCCUGGGUUCAUAACAUGAAGGUUACCUUGGAGCCUGACAUAGAGCUGCAGCUCGGUUUAAAGGAGAAGCAAUGGCAGCUGAGCUACUCCCAGGUUCUGCUGAACGAUGUCCUAAAUCAGUCAGUCCUGCUGGAAAGGCUGCUGGAGGAAGCUGCUUCCUUGUUUAACAGGAUAGGUGACCCAAGUGUCGAUGAGGAUGUCCAGAAGAAGAUGAAGGUGGAAUAUGAAGAAAUAAAGGCAGAAGCUCAGUGCAGAGUGAAAUUGCUUGAAAAGAUAACAAAGGAACAUGAGCAAUACAAGACCAACGUCGACCAAUUUCAAUCGUGGCUGAAUGGAGUGACUGAAAGAUUGAACUGCUGCGUCGGAGAAGAAACAAAGUCUCCAGCAGACAACGGGCUAAAGACAUUGCAGAACAUUGCCAAAGAUGUUAAGCGUGGUGAAAAGAAAUUGAAAUGCCUGGAGGUUCAGUCUACAGGGGUGAUCCAGAACACCUCACCCCUGGGAGCUGGGAAGAUGAAGGAUGAGUUGGAGGAGUUGAGGAAAGCCCUGGAGAAGUUGAAACUAAUAUGUGGUGAGGAAGAGGAGAGAAUGCAUAUGAUCCUUAAGUCAGAAAGUGCCUAUCAGUCCCAAGCCAGACAGUUGGAAGCAGAGGUCCAGGAAUUCAGAAAGAUGCUACAAAGACUAGAAGAUGACCUGGAGUCAGGGGAGAAGCCGAAGAGUGAAGAGGACUUAGUAGCUCUGUGGAGAAAAUACAUCGCAACAAGAGCAGCGCUUGCAGCAGAAGAGUCAAAGGUUGAGAGACUGAAGGCUCAGCUUAAGGAACUGUUCCGGUUUUCACAGAAUGUACAACCACUCUCUGAUGGUGUUAUAACCGCAAUACGGGAAUAUCAAAGGGUGAAGGGAAAGACGUUUAAAAUGAGCACUGGGACUGAAACUGAGCUCAGGCAGAGUUUUCAAAACCCACUGCGAGAGUUCCAGUUGUGGAAGCCAUCAGCACAGAGACUUCUGGACUCCACUGCUAACGUUGCUGAGCCCUCCCUGACACAUGCUUUCUUACUUCAGAUUGAGGCAUGCCUGGCUCAGAGCUCCCAAUUCAAGGAGCAGUUGAUGAUGUUACAGCUGAAGAAGGAUUUGCUAAGCAGUAUCUUUGGUGAGGAGAGAGUGAAGUCUCUUCUAGUGGAAAUAACCGAUACAGCAAAGGAGAGAGAAAUUUUACACAAAAGUCUGCUGCAAAGGAGAAGUAGACUGCAGAGUUUGGUAACUCAACAUAAAGACUUUGAUGCAGGCUUUGUGCCUCUGCAGAAGAAGUUAUCUGCUAUCAGAGCCAAAGUAGAUCUAGAGAAUGAACCACAACCUGACCUUUUAGGUAAAGAAACACGACUCCAGAGACUACAGAUGAUCCAAGAAGAGUUGGCAGAGUUUAUAGUUCAAAUGGAAGAGCUGGAGAAUCUAGUUCAAUCUAAUACCACCCACAGGAAUAAAAUGAACCAGCUUUCAUCUGACUAUCAGACACUGAUGAGAUCUCUGGAGAUCAUCCUGGCACGGACUGAGAAACACGUUCGGGAGCAUUGGGCAUUCAAUAACAAACUAUCAGACCUUCAGCGGUGGAUCACAAUGACUGAACAGAAGUUGGAAUCCUAUCAGGAUGCCAGUGCGGAAAGGAACAUGGAGAGCAGAGUCGCAGACCUGGAGGGGCUGCUAGCUGAAUUCCCAGGUAAAGAGAUCCAGUUGCACCUUGUUGGGGCUCAUGGCCAGCUGGUGAUUGAGAGUUCUUCCCCAGAGGGAGCAGCACAUGUCCAUACUGAAAUGAACCAGCUGACAGAAUCUUUGAGAUCACUCAAAAAAAUGACAAUCAGCCUCCUCAGCAGCAUUCAGCCAAAUACAACAGUGGUUGAUACGGGGAAGAGUGUAACCAUCGUGGGUAAUACACUGACGACUGGAUUGGCCUUCGGCUCUUCAGAGGUAACUCUCAAGCACUCCCAGGCGAAUGUGAGCAAAGAGGAAGAGAACAGUCACCUUCUUAAACUCAUGAAGGACUUUGAACAGUGGUUAUAUGUGGAAAAUGACAAACUGAGCAAGAUUCUUGGCAUGAAACCCUCCAGUUUUGAAGAAGUUAAAGCAAUACACAGCAAGCUGAAGGAGCUGCAGUCUCGUGUUCCUAAGGGGCAAUGUCUUUUCGAAGAAUUCCGUAGUCUUCAGACAGUUGACGGGACCUCUGAAGAUGUGGAGGACCUGCGUUAUCAAUGGAUGCUCUACAAAUCUAAACUCAAAGACUCCAGCAGCUCACUGACUCCUAGAUCUUUGGAAGAACCCGAUGGAUUCAGAAAGAGACGUCCAGGGGAGAUGUGUCCUUUCCUGCACCGCGUGUGCUGGGCAGCGCUGCCACUGCAGAUACUCCUGCUGUUCUUAUUGCUCCUGGCGUUUCUGCUCCCCCUGGUGGAGGAGACCCACAGCUGCAAGCUUGCCAACAACUUCGCCCGCUCCUUCAACUUGAUGCUGAGAUACGAAGGCCCUCCUCCAACUUAACUCCUCUACAGGCACGUGGCAAGAAGUGACUGGCUUAGACAUCCAGGGUGCUUUUUCCUGGGUGUCUUGACUGUUGCUGGUCCUCUAAAUCUAGGGCUUCUAAUAUGGCCACCAGAUUAACUGGAAACAUCAUCAAAUAAACGCAGCAUAAGGAUCAAGUGGCAAUGAGUUCCGAAGUCUCACUACAUGUUAUGUGAAAAGGUAUUUACUUUUAUCAGUUUUGAAUUUGACAAAUUUCAUUUUCGUUGAAUGUCCCCUUGUCCUUGUGUUACAUGCCCAGGAGAACAAAAGCGUUCGAUCUCCAUUCUCUCGGCUAUCUGUUGUUUUGUAAUUCUUUUAUCAUGUCCCCUCUGAUCUGUCUCCUUUCUAGGGUGCACUUUCCCAGUCUUUUCAGUGUAUCUUGACAUGUGAGUUUUUCUAUACCCUUGGUCAUUCUCAUCAUCACCCUUCUCUGAACCCUCUCUAAUGUUAAUUUUUCACUCACUGGUAUAGCUAAAAUCUUUCCUUCCUGGCCUGAUGACUUAUCAGUGACCUGGCCAUCUCUUGCCUUGUUUACUGCAACCUUCUCUUGUCCGGCCUCCUCUUCUCCCAUAACUGUCCCCUCCAGUCUGUCCACAGUGCAGCUGUUAAACUUGUCUUCCUCGCCUGCCAGUAGCUCCUCUCUUUGAAUAUCUCCUACCAUGCAUUGUUUCUAUGACUCCUCCUCACCUCCACACCCUGCACAACUCUGCCCAAGCCUACAUCUCUGAUCUAGUUUGUUAGCCCCUUCACAGCCUAUCCUCAUGCCAACAAUCCCUGCCUCACUGACCUCUUUUUGUUACAGACUGACUCCUUCUCCCUGCCUAUUUUCAUGCCACCUCACGCUUGGAACAGCCUCCCAACCCCAGAGUACUCUGUCCCCGUCCUCCACCUUUUCCUCAUUCAGCUCCCUCCUACAGAUUCACUUCUGCUACAAGGCCCUCAAACACACCCGUGUUAGAAUUUUAUUCUGAUACAUUUAAAGUUAUUCUGAUCUCAAUGAACGGUCUUCUCUGGAUCUCCCGGUACAUCUUGCCCUCUCUCUAAUCUGCCUUUCACACUGGAGCAUUUGUGUCUUACACAGAUCAGAGUGUGUUGUCAGCGCCUAACAAAUAAUAAUAGCGGCCAUGCCAUUUGUAUUACAAACAACCUGCCCAAGCCCCUUCAUUCUGAUCCCUUUAAGCAGGCAUUCGUGGAUAAUUCAGCUACUAGCUAUAGAAAGUUGCCAUUUAAUCAGAAAAGGAAGGGCCACCAUUUCAAAUUCAGCUGUCUUAUCCUAGCCUUGUCCCUGACUGUCUAAGCACUACCAUGUGCUCUGCAGUCUGGAUCUGCAUGCUCUUGAGCCCUUUGGGACAUUUGAGUGACACAAUUCUACAUCAUAAAUAGCUGGGGUAUUUUUUCAAACAGAAAAAUGGGCACUUUUGACAUACUGUUAUAACAAACCAUUUAUCAGCCACUGUAGCAAACCAUUUAUUUUGGCCCGUUAGUUCAUUGGAAAAACGAACUCAAAACCAUUUCUGAAAAAAUGAGAGAAUAUUGAAGGAACGUUGCCAGAGGAAGACGCAAGCUGGCUCCAACCCUACCUGUCAUUACCAGCUUUUUUUCUGGCCUGAAGCUGACAUCUUCCUCCAUUUAGAAUUCUUGCUUGGAGGGUUUAUUUUUCAGAACAUAGGACCCCCCAAAAUCCUAAUGUCUCCUUUGUCAGUUCCAAUAAGAGUAAAACACCACAGACUUGGUUUUCUUUGCAAAUAUGUGUAUCCCUGUACUCUGCAAGGACAGCCUAGCCGUUGCUGCAACGUGGGUAUAAGGGGAAGUGUAAUUGUACCACUUGAAGAAAGAUGACAUUCCACAUCAGUGUAAUUUUCAAGUGCAGCUUGAAAAGGAAAAGUGUUUUAAAAUGAAGCAAGGAAAGUUUAGAAAUAUAUUUUAACAAGUUUUCAGUAUUUUCUUCUGUUCUGGCCUGAUCCCAUGAGGUGCUGAGACCUUGAAAUGCUAUUGCCUUCACCUUCCCAUUCAGCGCCAUGCCAGAUCAGGCCUUUUAAAGAUAUGUCUACAGUGCAACUGGGAACAGGCCUCCCAGCCUGGGUAGACAGAUUCACGCUAGCUGGCUUCAGCUUGGCACAUGCUCCGGCUCUCAAGCCCCCCUGAUGCCUCGGGUCUGAGAUCUGGUGGGUGGCAUGAUUCUCCGCGACCAUUUUUAGCAUGCUAGCUCAAGCCCUGCUAGCACGUGUCUCUAUUCAGGCUGGGAGGCUGCCAUAGACAUAGCCUAAGAGUUUUACCUGAGAGUCACGGGUUGAGCAUUUUGUUUCUGAAGCUGUUUAAAUGCAUCAUGAUUUAUUCUUAUGUUUGAAUUCUGUGUCUCCAAGUCAUAGGCAUGUAUAUUUGACUGGAAAUCCUUCUAUUAGCUUGUGCUCUCUUAGUUUCUUGGAUAAUUCCAUGAGAGUGGUUUCCAUCUGGAAAACAUCACAGCUAUAUUUCCAGCAGUUUACUUUCUCCUCAUUUGUUUACUUGGGUGCACUGGACCUACGUGAAACAUUUGCAGGAACAAUAAUGUGCAUGUGAAAAUUCUCUGACAUCACCUUUCAUAAGACUCACAAUCUCAUUGACAUUAAAAAGUGCUACUAAGAAUGGAAGUUGCACUAUUGUUUUUCCAGGGUGCACAAAGCUUUUGCAGAAGACCUGUCCUCACUUCUAGAACUAGUUGGCUGUGUUGGGUCCAAUUCAGUUCACAGAGCUAGGUCAUAAGGAGGUUGUGGACAUUUCCCAUCUCUCUUACUUCUGCCUCUCUCUGUCUUUCUCUCUCUCUCACAUCCACCCACACACACACACAACCUUUGUUUAAUUGUAGGAAGAAAGUGUAAGGUAAUUUGCUAAGAGCCCUUGAAAGGUACCCAGUGUAUGUUACCAAAAACAACAACAAAAAGGAAAGCACAGCUAUGGGAUUUACACUUGCAGUCAACGUAUUGUCCCAAAAAAUUGAAUAAGAUCAACUUGGUUUUCUGAAAUUUCCUUUAAUUAGGCCCUAAACAUUGAGGGUCUUUUUAAAAUUAAAAGAUGUACAGAUAUGUAGAUAUAUUUUCCACUUGCUAUUAGAGGUUAACUGGAAGCCAACAUCUGAACAUCCUUGAACUGUAGAGGAUGGAAUUGUUGACAUCUGUACCUCAAUCUGGAUCCAAUUUCCAUGAUUAGGGCCUGACUUUAUAAAAGGCCAGACAAGAUCCCUAAUCCUGAACACAACUGAACUUUAAGAUAGUUCACAAUCUGAGUCCACAUCCAGACCUUAAUCACUGUAAGAGUCUGGUUCAGAACUCCGGAUCUGAAUACCUAGCACGUGGGAGUGUUUGAAAUUCAGACCUGAACCCAGGUCCCAGUUUUGCAGUUCAGGUCCACUUGUAAAUGUUAGUAUUCAGGUAGAAAACAAGUGUGAGAGGCACUUAGAGCACGAACAGCUGUCAUAUAUGGUAGCUAAUACUAAUGUUGGUAUUAAUAACUGUUUAUGCAUGUGCUGUUCAGUGUAACAUUUAGGAUAAUGUGUGUGUGUGCGAGCAAGAGAGUGAGAGAGAAGUAAUUAACUGGAUAGCUGUCACUUUUCUGUUGUGUGAACACACGUACUCAUAUUGCAGGGACCAUUUCCACUUUUGUCAUGUAACUUAUGAUUUUUAAAUACAUUUGUGAUAAAUUAGGCUCUCUACUAAGGUAAACAAUACUGGAGCCAAACAGCUGUCUCUGUACAUAUGCAAGUUAUCACAGUUGAUAUCACAUCCAAGACAGACUCCUUGUCUUGGACCUUUCCUUAACCUUUCUGGCUUGAUUCAGGGAAAUGUGGACCAGUCUAUUUUUUUAUUAAAACUGUGGUCUUUUGAAAUGUCAUGCUAAUUUUUCAAAUCCUUUACUCUUACUCACAUUUGAUGCAGAAAGACUGUAACAAUAGCAUUUUUGUAAACUGCUGCUUGCUUUGUGUUUGGAAAUUAUAUAGAUAUAUUUAUUCUACCGAAUUUCAUGUAAUUUUGAAACUCUUGUCUUCAAAAAUAUCCUCUUACAUUCCAGACAGAUCAAAAGAAGCUGUUGGCUUCUCGGUGCUGCCUAUGUAUGAUAGUGUAUAAAAUUAUAAUUUCAGUAACAAGAGCCUGGCUUUAUUUACGUUUUAAAAAAAAAAAAAAGAUUAUUGGACUUAAUUAAUCCCUAGUGUAACUCCAUCAUAUGUAGAGGGAUGAACUUGGUCCAUUCAGAACCCAUGACUAUAGUAAAGUAACAUUUCCUAAGAAACCCUGCCUGGAAACUAUGGGAGAAUCCAUAAUGAGACCAUAGCCUUUUGGGGCUGAAUUCUGUGAUCCUUAUUCGCGCUUUGCAGUGUGUUACUCCACAGGUAGUCCCAUUAAUUAAAUUGGGUCUAUUAAGAAUAAGGUAACGUGCCAAGUGAAUAAGAGAGACAGAAUGUGUCCUUUCUUAAUGAGAACUUUUGGCCUUUUAAAUAGAGAAGUGGGUUACAUUUUGAGCAUUUCUGGGCAAAGUUUUAUGUUCUGGUUUGCGCUCUGAUUUCCCUUGUAUCGCCUGGAGUUGUUCUGUUGCUGGAAUCCAGAUGAAAUCAAUUGAAGUCUCAUGCACAGAUGAAUGUGAUAGAAAUCUACAGGAAAAUGUUUCAGAAUAUGCAAAAGCCCUGAGACACCCUGAAUCCCAUUAAAGUAAGUGAGAACUCUGGGUGCUCAGCAUCUCUGAAAAUGAGGACUUAGGUUGUUAAAUGAUUCACAGCAUAGUGCAUAGAGGAGAAUUUUGCUUAUUGUGUAGAAAAUACUUGCACAACUUGGUACUAAGCAUACAUCUCCCUACACAAUGGGGGCUGAUCCUGCAGAACAUCACUGAGGACUCAGCACCUGGCAAGAUCAGGCUCCAGUGUUUUAAAACAUUGGAUGACCAAUAAAAUAUGAGGUGGUUUUCCUGUCUGCAAUAAAGAUAAAGGGACUGGAAAUUUAUCACUUGCAAUUCUUGCCAUGUGACUGUUUUUUGAUGCUUGUCACUGUUAUCAAUGAAGUACUAUGCUGUAUGUUAAACUGCACUGUAAAAUCGGAAUACUUUACUGCACAUCUUUUUUUAAAGGGGAAAAUAAUUGUAUGUGUUGCAGUUGUAAUGCAAUAAAUAAAUAUAUUUUCUUUUUAA